GCGUGCGGCGUGGCGCAUCGCGCGCCUGUUCCGUGCCCAAGUCCUUGAUCAGUCGCGACCAUCUGCGCCACUAGAGACAUUGAAGUCGUGAUCACAAAGCAUGGCUUCUCCCCAAAGAGUCCUUCGACCGCGCAAGCACUCCGAGGCAUCCGCGGCUAGGCCUAGCACGAAACGGCAAAGGCUUCUGCGAUACCAGAGCGGAGAGCAAGACAUCCUAUCAGGACAGCCAUUGAAGCUCCCGCUUGAGUUGAUACUGCUCAUUCUCGCGCAAAUCGACUCUCCGCGUACCCUCGCCGAUGCAAGUCGCGUAUGCAAGACCUUACAACCCGAGAUUGAACGGCUCCUGUACCGGGAGGUCCGCGUAGCGCGCGUCCCGCAGGUCCGCAGUCUGCACCUCGCUCUCACCAGAGCUCCAGGCCGCGCAUCCUUCGUCCGCGACUUCUUGAUCCACGAUAACGGACGCUUCGCUAACAUCGUCCCACUUCUCAACGAGGUCCUACCCAUGUUCACGGAUCUCGAACACCUGGAUCACAACCUGCACACCUGCUUCGCUGAUGCGCCGCUUUACAAGACCAUCCUACGCACGCUCUCAGACUGUCCAUUCAAACUCAGGGUUCUCGAAUGUUUCGUGAACAACGACAGGGAGCUUAUCCAAUUCCUCAGACGGCAAGCGGACGUGGAGUUCUUCAGCGCAAGACCUCUAUCGUUCGACCUGCCCGAAUGGGAGCUGCCGGAAGACGUCCUGCCACGUCUCAAGUAUCUGCAGACUGACUACGACUUCUUCUUGGACGUCAUCCCCGCACCCCGCAUGAUAACGCACCUCAGCCUUUGCUGUUUCCCUACGGAUCUCCAAGACUCAAAGCUCGAUGCGGUCCUGAGGAUCCUAGAGCACCAGCUGAUAAGUCUCAGAUGCAACCGGUAUACGGACCGCCGAUUUCCCGUCUGGCCUCCGUCAGACAUACUCGCGGGCAGGACCAUGCCGAAUCUCAAGUUCCUCGAAGUCAACGACGUUAUGGCCGGCGCUUUCCUCCCGUGCACCAUGAACGCCCCCAGGUCAAACGUCGCAUUGGACACGCUUGUCUGGUCUGCGAGUUGGCUGGUCGGCGUGCGCAGGGAUGAAGGCUCACAAAUCGUCCGGCCUGCUCAUCUUGGCCAUGUUCGUCCUUGGGUCAAGACAGUCCUGAGUGGAUGCCGCUCGUUGCAACGCUUCUUCUACGUUGAACGAUGUGAUCAAGAGACACCUACCGUGACUCUGUUCACCUUGUCGGCUGGUAGCGAGCUAGUGGAGGUUCAGAAGGCGGAGAAGGACGUGCCUAUUUGGUCUGAUAUCUGAAGUAGAGUGAAGGGAGUCCCUAUGAAUUGUGUGUCCGCUGUUCCGAUGUCUGUCGUGCUUGUAGCCUGCAACAAGGUCGGUUCUGAGUACCCAAGGGCACUACCAAGUA